AUGGCACCUGGUCCUGCAGAGAUUCUGGUCCCGGACCCAGCCGGACUUUCGCCCACGCUCACCGACGAACCGACACCAUGGCCGGCUCACCUGCCGAUGCACCUACGGCUUUCUGCCGAGACGGCAGGAGACGUCGACUACUUUACGGGCGCCAUCUGUGACGAGACGACGGCCCUCCUCCCCGACGCCAAGGCAGCCUCGAGGCACAGCAAGCCCUCGUCGCCGGAAGAGCCGGCAAAGCCCAGUCCCUUCCUGGGCGGCGUGUCGACCGGUCGGUUCUGGGUGAUAUUCUCGGGCAUCCUCUUUACGUACUUUGUCGUCAUCUUCGACGCGACCAUCCUGUCCUCGUCGCACCCCGUCAUCACGAGCUACUUUGGCGCGUCGCAGAGCGCCUCGUGGCUGUCGACCGCCUACCUCCUCACCAGCACGUCGUUUCAGCCAUUGGUUGGGCGCAUCUCGGACAGCACGGGUCGAAAGCUGCCCUUUGUGCUGAGCAUGGUCGUCUUCACCGUCGCGACGCUCGGCUGCGCGGUCGCGCCGACCAUGGGAGCUUUUAUUGCCGCUAGGGCUAUAUGUGGGUUCGGUGGUGGUGGGAUGAUGGGGAUGGCGAGUAUCUGUGUUGGGGAUCUCGUGCCUAUUGAACGCCGUGGGCCUUACCAGGCGACGAUGAGCGUCAUGUUCGGCGUCAGCUCCAUGGCCGGCGCGGCUCUAGGAGGUCUCAUGGCGGACCGUCUCGGCUGGCGGUGGGAGUUUGGAGUGCAGGUUCCCAUUCUGCUGCUUACCCUCGUUGUCAUCGUCUUCGCUCUGCCAGAGAAUUUGGGGCUUUACGGAAACCAUAGAGAGUCGCUGCGAGAAUCUCUACGGUCUUUUGAUUUCAAGGGCUCUUUUCUCUUGACUUUGGCAGUGACAUUUCUCAUUCUUGGGCUGGACAUUGGCGGGAAUUUACUUCCCUGGUCUCAUCCUUUGAUCAUAGCCUCAUUGGUUCUUGCCCUGGUCUUUUUCCCACUCUUUCUCCACGCGGAAUCUUUGGCAGAGAAACCAGUUAUGCCGCUGGACCUUGUUCGCAAAGCCCCGGUGAUGAACCUGAUAUUCUCAAACCAUCUCGCAUCGUUCCUUGCCAAUGCUAUUUUAUUCAACGUUCCGCUCUUUUUCCAGGCUGUGCUCCUCACCUCGGCAACAGACUCAGGCCUUCGCCUCGCCGCACCCUCUGUAAUAUCCUCCAUCGCCGGCGUCGCCACCGGCUUCCUGAUUACAUAUACCCGCGACCUGAAGUGGGCUCCGCUCCUGGGCUCCUUCCUCUUCCUCGCCGGCGUAGGCCUACUGUCAGCCAUGCGCGCCGGACUCCCAGACUACUUCUACCUCCUAUGCCUGGUCCCAUCGUCGAUCGGCCAGGGCCUGCAAUUCCCCGGAACCUUCCUGGCCGUGCUGGGCGUGACGGAGCAGCGGGCCGUCGCCGUGGUCACCACGACGCUGCAGCUGUGGCGGAGCCUGGGCGCCGUCGCCGGCAUCGCGGGCUCCAGCCUCGUCGUCCAGGCCGCGCUGGGCAGGUUCCUCGACGCAAACGUCUCGGCCGGCGAGGCGGAAAAGGCAGAGAUCAUAAAAGCCGUCAAGAGGUCCGUCGGCGCCAUCGCCUCCCUCCCGGAGCCGUACAGGUCGCAGGUCGUGCGCAGCUACGAGUCGGCCCUCAGCCUCAUGUUUGGCUGCUGCGUUGGUUUGGCCAUGGUCUCGCUGCUGCUGUUGAUUCCCAUCGAGCUGCCAAAGCUAAGGCCCAAGGAGCCUGUCUCACAAGAUGCAGCUGAGGAGCCGGCGGCGUGA